AUGUUCAAGAUGGCGGACGAAGUAGUCGACCUUGAAGUCGCUAGGCAAAAAAUGAGACAAUGGCGCGAUGAGCCUCUUCGAAACAGUGAAGAGGUCACUGAACUUGGUGAAUGCCUUAUUUUAGAGCAUGGAAACAAACUUGGAGACGAACUUUGGACGAUUUACGAGCAAGUAUUCUUGGCUUCCAUCGACUGUCGUAAAAUGGAUUUGGCGACCAUGUGUUUAAGGGAACUCAAAUCACAAUUUCCGAACAGCAUUCGAGUGCAAAAACUCAAUGCAAUGCGGCUGGAAUCGAUUGAUAAGUACGACGAAGCCGAACAGAUCUACGAGAAGAUUCUGGAGGCUGAACCGGCGAAUGGUGGAGUCCGUAAAAGGCUGAUCGCCAUCCUUAAGGCAGAGAACAAGGUCGGAGAAGCAAUUAAAGAGCUGAACGACUAUUUAAAGAAAUUCAUGAGUGAUCAAGAGGCGUGGAAUGAGUUGGCUGAACUCUACAUUUCACAGCAAGAUUACAAAAAGGCAAAGUUCUGCAUGGAAGAAUUGAUCUUAAUAAAUCCUCACAACCAUCUGUUCCAUCAGAGGCAUGCCGAAAUCCUGUAUACCCUUGGAGGAAACGAAAACGUUGAAAAGGCAAGGAAAUUCUUCGCACAGGCUCUCAAACUCGAUAAUAACAACAUGAGGGCUCUUUUUGGCUUUUUCAUGGCCUCUGCUCAUCUGGCAAAUGCCUCCAAAGAUGCCAAGGCCAAGAAGGAAAAUUCUAAAUAUGCAGCCUGGGCUGCAACCCAGAUAAAUGAGAGGUAUCACAUUGUGAACCAAACCCAGGAAGAGAAGGGUUUAUCAGAACUAGAGAACAUGGUAGACUCUCUUCAGAUUGCCAUUCCUCAGAAUAUUUCUUCACAGCGAUUUGGUGACAAUUAGAUUUUCUGAGGCAGAUACAUUUUAGUGUACAUGUACAUUUGCCUGUAAACGUAGAUUAAAAUGUACCAACCUGAGGAGCACAAGGCUUAAUUUUGUUCUUUUACAGAAUUUGUUUGAUUGUUUGGCUUGAAAAUCUUAAAACUGGGUGUUAAAGGCCCAUUUGAAGGAGCUGUAUUGUAGAUUGUAGAAUUUAGCUCCCAAUGUAAAAUCUUCAGAGGCCGUUUCUUGAAAGUCCUGGUAACUUAUUAACAGGCUCAAUAUCAUUUUUUUAAAAUCAAAAUUUGAAGGAUAGAAAAGCAGGUUCUGGCACCUAAACCAGUCCAUUUUAUUCCUUUAGCUGAUAGUUUUAGUGUAUUGUUUUCAAAACUUUUGAAAUCCCCAUCCUGAAUGAAAACAGAGCAGCUUUACUGGCCCAUUCAGUUAGCAGGACUUUUGAGAAAUUGACCCCUAAUCCAGUACUGUAAUUUUCAUCCUUUGUCAAUUUUUACUAUAUCCUUUAUCAUUCUCCUUUAUAUUUUGUAAAUUUAGGCCCUUUUCAGGGUUGUUAUUAGAAAAUGCCAUAGGGGUAUGAUCUGAACUGAGUAGAUAGUUGAGUUUGUUUAUGCUGGCAUAGCAAGCAUGAUAUGUUGCUUUGCCACAUGCCUUUGUGAAGGGAGUGGGAGUCUGGAAACAUGCUCCCAUGCUUGGUGAGGUCGAAAAUUUAAGAUACACAAACAAUAAUGCAACAGUGCAUGUAGUUCUUUUAAACAUGUCCAGUGUGAUUUGAUUAAAUACUUUAACCCAUAUUACCUGCACAUGUAUGCACAGAGAGCUUAUUUACAAGCUGAGUUAUGUGGAUGUAAAAGCCUUUUCUUUGCCUUAUCAAAUAACUGGGUUCCCUAUAUAUCACUUCAGUACAAAUUCUAGGUUGUUUUUCCAAGUUUUUACAUUUGAGUACUAUAGGUUAGAUAGGAGCCUGUUGUAUUACAAUUAUAAAUAAUGUUAGACAUUGUAAGAAAACAUAGGAAACUUAAACUGUGCAUGUGCAUCCAUCGAAUUUUUGCAUUGAAACAGUAAGAAGAACAUAAGUGCCCUACAAGUGUGCAUGUAAUAAAGAGAGGAUAUGCAUUCACGAAUUUGCUAGA